UUAAAAUAAACAGUCAAACUUCAUUUCGUGUGAACACGGCAGAGAGAAAGACUUACUUGGCCAUUUUAAAGGCUACAGCAGGAAACAUCGGCAGACUCUCAUUUCUUGGGGUUUGAUGGGGGUUAUAUUUUUCGAUCGGAUAAGAUGUGAUUGAGGAAAAGAAAAGGUGAUCUCCGCGAAAUGGUAGCUGAAAUCCUAAAUGUUUGUCUUUCUUUCAACACCUUUUAAGGAUCGUGGAGGCUUUUAAUUUUUUUUCCUAAAAGGAAGGCACGGAAUACUUCGGAAUCACGGACUACGGUUGUUGAUAUCAUCGAUAAAGCCUGCUGAUAAUUGUUUUUAGAUAUUUUGGCAAAUUCUUUUUUGUUCUGAUGCCCGCUGCGCCGGAAUGCAGACUGUCCCAUCAUGGUCGGAUAAUGAAAUGUGUGUCUUUUUUACUCUUGCUUCCCGAAACGUUAAAGAAGUUGAAAAGGGCAAGCAAGCACCCUGGCAGGCUGUCUGUAUGCUAUAACAUCUUAAAUAUUUCCCUGAAGCAAAGGAUGGCAGCAGAACUAUAUUCAGUGAACGAUUCUACCACUGUGCCGAAGAACGGGACCGUGAUGCUGAACUUACCCGAGAAGAAGAGCGUGGAGCCGGUUACGCAUACCACCACGUCCAUCGCCACGACACCGACGACAGAGCAAAACAUAAACAACAACAAUGUGGUGAUUCCCAGCUGGCAGUCCGCGCAUCCCACGUUACGCGAAAGAAAUGCACUAAUGUUCAAUAAUGAACAAAUGGCAGACGUUCAUUUCAUCGUUGGUCCCACCGGUGAAUCCGAGAGGGUCCCGGCGCACAAGUAUGUGCUGGCAGUGGGGAGCUCUGUUUUCUGUGCCAUGUUUUAUGGGGAUCUCGCAGAAGGGGACUCUGAUAUCCAUAUUCCAGAUGUGGAACCCGCUGCGUUUCUCAUCCUGCUCAAAUACAUGUACAGUGAUGAGAUAGAGCUGGCUGCAGACACAGUGCUGGCUACUCUCUACACUGCCAAGAAAUACCUAGUGUCUGCACUGGCUCGAGCAUGUGUGGGUUUCCUCGAGACGAGCCUGGAAGCACGAAAUGCGUGCAUGUUGCUAUCUCAGAGUCGAUUGUUUGAAGAGCCGGAGCUCACUCAGAGGUGUUGGGAAGUGAUCGACGCCCAGGCAGAACUUGCGCUGCGUUGCGAAAGUUUCUCUGAGAUUGACCUGCCCACGCUGGAGAGCAUCCUACACAGGGAGACGAUGAAUGUGAAGGAGGUUGUGGUGUUCCAGGCGGUGUUGUGCUGGGCCAAGGCAGAGUGUCGGAGGCAAGGCCUAAGCCCCACUGCACACCACCAGCGUUCUGUGCUGGGGAAAGCACUGCACCUUGUGCGCCUGCCUGCCAUGACACUGCAGGAAUUUGCAGACGGAGCUGCGCAGUCAAAUAUUUUAACCCUUGAUGAAAUAAACAAAAUCUUCCUCUGGUAUACGGCUGCUACAAAACCGUCGCUGGGAUUCCCAGUUACCGCAAGAAAGGGGCUGGCACCACAACGCUGUCAUCGGUUUCAAUCCUCCGCCUACCGGAGCAACCAGUGGCGCUACCGUGGGCGAUGUGACAGUAUCCAGUUUGCUGUGGACAAAUGCGUGUUUAUCGCUGGACUCAGUCUCUAUGGCUCCAGUGGCGGGAAAGCAGAAUAUAGUGUCAGAAUUGAACUGAAGAGACAGGGAGUGCUCCUAGCCCAACAUGUGACCAAGUUUGUCUCAGAUGGUUCUAGCUUGACGUUUCCCGUGUGGUUUGAGCACCCAGUACAGGUGGAACAGGACACAUUCUACACGGUUAGUGCUGUUCUAGAUGGGAGUGAACUAAGUUAUUUUGGACAAGAAGGAAUGACAGAAGUCCAGUGUGGGAAAGUCACUUUUCAGUUUCAGUGCUCCUCUGACAGUACAAAUGGUACAGGGGUGCAAGGGGGACAAAUUCCAGAGCUGAUAUUUUACGCAUGAGUACUUGGACUGAUCCAUUAGAGAAAAGAGAGCAGAGGGAUUAUCCUCUGGAGUAAAUAACUUUUCUAACAAUGUAGCUGCAAGACACUACAGAAUUGAGCCUAGUGAGGAGGAAGAAUUUCCUUUGAUCAGACUCUUAUAUGAUUCACAUAUAAAGGAAUGCUCCUCAAUAUAAUUUAUUUCUUUAAACAUAUUGUUUUAAAACAUAUACAGCUGAAGUCAGAAGUUCACAUACACCUAAGCCAAAUACAUUUAAACUCAGUCAUUCACAAUUACUGACAUUUAAUCAUAGAAAAACAUUGCCUGUCUUAGGUCAGUUAGGAUCACUACUUUAUUUUAGAAUGUGAAAUGUCAGCAUAAUAAUAGAGAUACUGAUUUAUUUCAGCUAUUAUUUCUUUCAUCACAUUCCCAAUGGGUCAGAAGUUUACAUACACCUUUGUUAGAAUUUGGUAGCAUUGCCUUUAAAUUGUUUAACUUGAGUCAAAUAUUUUGGGUAGCCUUCCACAAGCUUUUCACACUAGGUUGCUGGAAUUUUGGCCCAUUCCCCCAAACAGAGCUGGUGUAAUGGAGUCAGGUUUGUAGGCCUCCUUGCUCGCACACAAUUUUUCAGUUCUGCCCACAAAUUUUGUAUCGGAUUGGGGUCAGGGAUUUGUGAUGGCCACUCCAAUAACUUGACUUUGUUCUCCUUAAGCCAUUUUGCCAGGACUUUGGAUCUUCUGCUUGCAAGCCUUACCAAUUUUCCUCCAAACAUAUGAUGUAAUUAUGGCAAAACAGUUACAUUUUUAUUUCAUCAGACCAGAGGACAUUUCUCCGAAAAGAUCUUUGUGCCCAUGUGCACUUGCAAACUGUAGUCAGGCAUUUAUGGCUGUUUAGGAGUAGUGGCUUCUUCCUUGCUGAGCAUCCUUUCAGGUUAUGUCGAUAGGACUCAUUUUAAUGUGGAUAUAGAUACUUGUCUACCGGUUUCCUCCAGGAUCUUCACAAGGUCCUUUGCUGUUGUUCUGGGAUUGAUUUGCACUUUUUGCAUCAAACUACAUUCAUCUCCAGGAGACUGCAUGCGUCUCCUUCCUGAAGGGUAUGAUGGCUGUGUGGUCCAAUGGUGUUUAUACUUGCAUACUAUUCUUUGUACAGAUGAACGUGAUACCAUCAAGCAUUUGGAAAUUGCUCCCAAGGAGAAUUUUUUUUUUCUGAGGUCUUGGCAGAUUUCUUUUGAUUUUCCCAUGAUGUCAGGCAAAGAGGCACUGAAUUUGAAGGUAGGCCUUCAUAAAUUCACAGGUACACUUCCAAUUCAUUACACCUCCUAUCAAAAGCCAAUUGGCUAAUUGUCUAAAGGCUUGAUGUAAUUUUCCAAGCUGCUUAAAGGCACAAUUAACAGUGUAUGUAAAUUUCUGACCCACUGGAAUUGUGAUAUAGUCAAUUGAAAGUGAAACAAUCUGUCUAAACAAUUGUUGGAAAUAUUAUGGUUAUAUAUGGUUCAAAAAAUUGUUUUAAUGACUUCAACCUAAGUGUAUGUAAACGUCUGACUUCAACUGUACUUUAAUUUAAGCUUAUUUUAUUUCUAAUCAUUCAUAAUCUGCCUGUGUACAGUAGAAAAUGGGCAGUUUGCACUUGAAAAUAGACAGCUCUGUCAUAUCAUUUAAUGGUUAUUUGUUGACAUUUGUUGAUGCUGUAUGUUGAAAAACUGAGGCUUUAAGAGCCUGAAAACAUAAAACAUUUUGCUUCUAUACAUAAAACAGUAACACCUUUUGUUUGAUGUACAGAUAAGACUUGUUUAAACGGUUUAAAACUGGGAAAGUGAUGUCCUUUUGAGUCUAAAAUGUUUUGGCUUUAAGAAUCUUAAAACAUUAGACGUGUGUUUGUUGUCUGAGCAGAACAACUGAACACUGGAGUUGCACAAAUCUAUCUAGUGUUUA